UUGACAAGGAAAAAAUGGAUCAAGUACCAAGAAUCUCAAUUCCAGGGCCUUUUGGUACUCAACUUUUACGCUGCUGCGACUAAGAUCCAGACAGUGUACAAGAGUUAUAGGACGAGAAGGAAUUUUGCAGAUUGUGCUCUACUUGUUGAACACUUGUGGUGGAAGGCCUUGGAUACUGAAGCUUUAAAGAAGAGAUCUAAACAGGAAGCUGCCGUGUCAAGAAUUGGGCAAAAUCAUGUUUGUGGUCUACAGGAUGAAAAGUCUCAAAAACUACCUCUGCAACAUUGGCUGGAAGCAAUUGACCCACGUUAUCGUUAUGGACACAACUUACACUUCUACUAUGAUGUAUGGUCCAACAGCAAAAGUACCCAACCUUUCUUCUAUUGGUUGGAUGUGGGUGAUGGGAAAGAACUAAAUCUUGAGAGUUGCAAGAGAGCCGAUUUGCAACGUCAAUCCAUCAAGUAUUUAGGACCGAAAGAAAGGGAAGCCUAUGAAGUAGUUGUGGAUGAUGGCAAGUUGAUAUAUAGGCAAAGCGGGAUGCUUCUGAAAAUAACAGAAGGACCAAAGUGGAUUGUACUUUUAUUUCUACAAGGAUCGAAGUAUAACACCAAGGCGACGCUUGAGAGUCUCGACAACAAGCUACCAUAGUGAACUCUCCCCUUCAUAUUGACUUGCUCAAAUUAUGCAUGAUGCUCUCCGCCGGUCUUCAUUUUAAUGUUCGGGAAUAAACUAUCAGGACCAAAUAAAGGUACUAGCUUCAAUAGGUAACUUAGCAUUUUUAAAGGUGAUUAUACAUGGUAAUGAAGUGAACCUCCGUUUCAUAUUAUUUGGUCCCUAUACCAAAUAUAGAUAUUUCAUUUUGCUUGUUUAAUUUAGAAAAUUAAAUGAGUUUUAUUAUAUUUUUCUGUUUCUACCUUUAGUAGUAAAUAGAGAAAAUUUCAAAAAUGAUUUUCAUUUGGACAUGAUUAGAGGUUUAUAGCUAUAAUUUGAUAUUUACAAUUCAUAGCCGUUUGAGACGCUAAGCACAUAAAAAAUCGCCUCUCUAGUCUCUCCUCAAUCUCGUCCACAUUUCUCUGUCUCUCUUUCUGCCAUCCCUUGCCCCUCCCUCCCCCCCUCUUUCUCUCUCCCUCUUUGUAUUAUAUAUUUUAACCCCCCUCUCUUUAUAUUUUGUAUUUCCACCCUUCUUUCUCUGUAUUUCUAUAUUUUUUGAGGUAUUAGGCGAUUGUAUUUUUUGUAAUCAUAAGGGCUUUUAGAUUGUAUCCCCCCUCUUUCUAUAUUUCCAUCUCUUUCUCUUUCUGUAUUUGUAUAUUUUAUGAGGUGUCAGGUAAUUGUAUUUGUUGUAUUCAUACAUGCAUUUAUGUCGUAUUAUGUAUUUUCACCUCUCUAUGAAUUUGUAUUUUUUUUGAGGUGUCAAGCAAUUGUAAUUAUUAUAUUUAUACGUGCAUUUAGGUUGUAUUUUGUAUUUUCACCUCUUUCUCUGUAAUUUUAUAUUAUUUAAAUUGUCAGACGACUGUAUUUGUUG